AUGACAUCGCUCAGUGUCGUGCAAGAGCAAGUGCCCGAUGCCAACCAUAUUGCCCUGGAGGCUCUGCCCCGCGAUGCUGAGUUGCCGCCAGGCUUAGCCUCUCACGAUUCUUCGGAGAGCUUUCCUGCGCUGGAGAAAUGGAACCAGUCUCGUGGCAACGCCUGCCGUUCCUUGUGCACCUUCUGGAGUUUUCUGGUUAUGGGUGCCAACGAUUCCGCUUACGGUCUAGAAACGUACUACAAUCUCUCGUACACAGUGGUAUCGCUUGUUUUCCUGUCGCCUCUGGUUGGCUACACUCUCGCGGCAUUUCUCAACCAGCGGAUCCAUACCACGCUUGGUCAACGUGGCGUGGGACUGAUUGGGCCGGGAUGUCACCUCCUAGCCUACAUCGUCAACUGCGUACACCCUCCCUACCCGGUUCUGGUCAUCUCGUUCAUCUUUGCCGGGUUCGGGAAUGGACUGGAAGACGCUGCCUGGAAUGCCUGGAUUGGUAACAUGGCCAAUGCGAAUGAGUUGCUGGGCCUCCUUCACGGAGUCUAUGGGGUUGGGGCUGUUCUCAGUCCGUUAGUGGCCACGUCGAUGAUUACCCGAGCCAAUCUGCCCUGGUACUAUUAUUACUUUGUCAUGAUUGGAUGUGCGACCAUUGAGCUGGUCGCCUGCGGCGUUUGUUUCUGGAACUGCACUGGGGCCGUCUUCCGCGCCGCGAAUAUUCACUCGCACGGCGACAGCAAGAAAGGAGGCCUCAGGACGGCGCUCUUCCAACGCCCGUCGGCUCGCGUGACGUGGCUCUGUUCACUCUUUCUGUUGGGUUACGUCGGAGUUGAGGUCGCGCUGGGCGGAUGGAUUGUCACAUUUAUGAUCCGUGUUCGCCAUGGCGGUCGCUUUGCUAGCGGGAUGACGGCCACCGGGUUUUGGCUGGGUAUCACAGUCGGACGAGUUCUUCUGGGGUUCGUGACGCCGCGUGUUGGAGAGAAAAUUGCCAUUGCGGCCUAUAUUCUCUGCUCGAUGGCAUUCGGGAUAGUGCUGUGGCUGGUGCCUCAGUUCUAUGCAUCGGCGGUGGCCGUAUCCCUGCAAGGGUUCUUCCUCGGUCCCCUGUUUCCGGGCGCGGUGGUGAUGGUGACCAAACUGCUCCCGCGUCACUUGCAUGUCAGCUCCAUCGGGUUCGCCGCGGCCUUUGGAGGUAGCGGGGCGGCCAUCCUCCCUUUUGCCGUUGGUGCGCUCGCGCAGGCCAAGGGAGUUGGCGUACUGCAGCCGUUCAUCAUCGGGCUCUCGGGGGCCAUCUUCUUGGCCUGGCUGGGACUGCCACGGGCGUCGAAGGAGACACGCAGCGAGUAG